UUCUUUGAAGCGGCCUGCAGAAGACCCAGUUUGCAAAGCUGAAAAUGAUUUCAUUAAUUGUUCCAGAAAACGUGCAAGAUCAUCAUCUUUGACUUUCCAGAAGUCUGACUCUCAGUCUAACACUGAUUCAGCUCUCACACAGAAAAGAGGGAGAUCAUCUUCAUUUAACAUCCUUCCUACUUUCCCUCCCUCCCAGACAGUAAAGAGUAACAUUUUCAUGACCUCAGCUCUUCUUCAAAGAAAUCCUGACAUCAUCAAAAGUGCAAGAGAAGGAUCCCUGUCACCAAGUCAAUUGUGGAAUGUCAUUAGACCUGCCACUUUACAGCCCCCACAAGCCCUGACCUGUCCUGAAAUUCCUGUAGUAUCUCUAGUGACUAAGAAAGAAGCAUGUGUUCAGCUAUCUGAAGACUACUCUUCUUCAUCAGCUGAGAAUUCAGUAAAUUCCAAAGCAGCAGUGGGGUCAUCUAUUACCAUGAGUCUUUCCAGCUCUCAAAAAUCACAAAGUCAGUUGCUCAAGGAAAGAAGUGUACAAAACAGCAGCAAUUCCGAUUUUGUGUUUGGGGAAAACAUGGUUGAAAGAGUUUUGGUCAGAUCCGCACAUGCUGGAAGACUUUUUAUCAAGAGUCCUGAGAGGCAUCCCAAGCUGUGUAAUGAAGCUGAUUUAUACAAAGGAGAAAUAACAUCCAUGUCCACAGGAUCUUCUCAUUUCGGGCCACAAACAAAAAGACCUUUGUUGAGGAAUGCAACACUAAUUGAAUCAGCAGCUGCUUGUAUUUCAAAGCCAGUAGAGAAAAUCCUGUUAGAUAAAGUUGAAGUUAUAACUGGAGAAGAAGCAGAACACAAUGUAUUGCAGAUUAACUGCAAGCUCUUUGUAUUUAAUAAGCUUUCUUUAACCUGGACUGAAAGAGGCAGAGGAUCCCUGAGGCUUAAUGACACUUCUAGCAAUAAGCAUGGAAUGUUGCAGUCAAGGCUAAUUAUGCGAAAUCAAGGUAGCUUGAGACUGAUUCUCAACACCCAACUCUGGGAACAAAUGGUUAUAAAAAGAGCAAACAGAAAGAGCCUGUGCUUCACUGCAACAGAUCAGGAGGACCAUUCUGUUCAAGUAUUUCUAACUCAGGCAAGCUCAAAAGACACUGAACACCUGUAUGCAGCAAUACAUCAUCGCCUUGUAGCCCUGCGGAGCUUUGCUGAGCAAGAGCCAGAUGCUCAUCAAGCAGACACAGAGUCAGAUACAGCUUUGCAGCCAUUAAACUGUGAUAGUGAUGAUGAUGACGAAGAAGUAACUCAAGUGAGCAGUACUGGAUCUGAUCAUUCUAGAUGGAACCGCAGGCGAUCUGUUGUCUGCUCAUGAUAUCUGCCAGAGAUUACAACAGCUCAGUUGGGAACUCAUCUUCCCAAAAUGUCUAAGCUGACUCAUCAGCCCCUGGAGGGAGGAAAUCAGAUGCAUAUUGCUUUAUGACUUUUAAGUAGAGAUUAAUUUUAGAGACAGCUUAAGUUUAAUUUGUUGAGAAAGAACUUCAGAUGCACUAUUGAGGAUUCCAGGCAGCCUGCUUUGCACUGAGCUGUGAGUAACACCAUGGCUUCCAAUAGUCAAGAACUGUUACAAAGACUUUCAAUUUUAGAAUUAAAUAUAUUUAGAUACAUUAUUAGAGUAAGGAAUUUUAUAGGGAAUAUGUACUUGUUCAUCAUAUUGAUGGAUAAUGCCACAUAAGCAUGAACUAAUAUAUGUGAACAGAUAUUUGUUACUUUUAAUCUGUUAUUUAAAAGGUACAUUUGGAAAGCUUUAAACUAGGCUUCACUGAAAACAUUUAUUUAAAAUUGUGUGGUAACAUUCAGCAUCAUAUUUUUAAGCACAUACAAGCAAAACCUGGGGUGGCAGUUUAGCAUGACCAAGGCCUAUAGAAACAAACCUUAAUACAAGGGAUUUUAUUUAAUGUUUCUUUUGAAAAUAUCUGGAGUGAUAUCCUGGCUGCAGAAUUUUGUUUAAGGGAAAAGAAUCAUGAUCUGCAUCUUUUAGCUGUAUGCAUCAAAAAAAUCCACCAUGAAGAAAUUCUAA